AUGCUGCCUUACCUGUUCCCUGAGCUGUCCACCUUUGCUACAGUCGCCGAUCUUAUCACCCACCUUCGCACUAGUGACGCUCGCCUGCGUGCCGCCCUUCCCACCGAGUUCUGCGCUAAGAACCCCCUCCACUUGCGCGACUAUUUCCUUGCUCGCUGUCCCACUGAGCUCACUGUCGCCCUCCUAGAGGAGAAGCUGCUAGCAGCCGAGAAGAGCAUUGUAGCUGUAGGUGCUGCUCGUGGUGCUCCUCGCACCCCCAUCUUUGAGGGGUGCUCUCCCUCUCCCCUCGCUCCCUCCUACGCUACUGCUGCUGCUGCUGUUGACUUCCUUGGUGCUGAGUCUGCUGGCGCUGCUUCUGCUCCUGGUGGGAGGCGCCGCACCGGCAAGGGCAAGGGGGGCAAGGGUGGCGGGUGGUGGGGGUGGCACUGGGGGGGAGGGGGUGGGGGAGGUGGGGGGGGAGGCGGUGCUGGAGGGAGCGGUGGCGGGAGUGCUGGUGGGAGUGGCCGGCGGGCGGAGGCGGGGGCGGCGGAGGGAGCAGUGGCGGUGGUGGUGGCAUCGGCGGCAGUGGCGGCGGCGGUGGCGGGUAGCGGCGUUUGGCGGCGGCGGUGGCGGCGGUGGCGGUCGGAGCGGAGGUAG